AUGUCUGAUAUGGAAAGUAAUCGCUCUGUUUCUCCAAGCAGAGACAUUCUUCAUGGAGUUGCUAAUACUGAUGAGGUCUUGAAUGAUCAUAGACAUCAGGCUAGUUCGUUACCCAUCCAAAGAUAUAAUUUUGAUCCAAGAUUAACUAGAAAUUCCUCGAGUAAUCAAAUUGAACCUUAUCCAGUUCAACCAAAAGUGGCCAGUCAUAUGUAUAUGAAUAACUUACGUAAAGAUUUUUAUUUGAAUCAAGGCCAAGAGGACGAUGACUCCCAGCCUUUCAUGUUGCACCCAUCGUCUAUUCAUAAAAAUCAUUCUAGUACUAAUCCAACAACAAAUUCAAGGGCUCAAUCAAGAUCCCGCUCAUUUUCUGAUCAAGUUAAAUCUUUCGUUAACCCAAAAGAUGGCGAAAUGGAUGAAAUUCAUAAUAUAGGUGGGGCUUCUUCGGGUGGGAUUUUAUUAAAGCCAGCCCAACCUUCUGGUCAUAAAAGAUCAAAACAAAGAAAUGAUUCCGUUGUUGAUAACUUAGAAAACGAUAUUGCUUCACCAAUGAUGAAGAUUAAAACUAAUGAUACUUCAACAAGUGAAAACCAAAAUUAUAAGAGAGAAAGAAGAGCAUCAAGAUCUUCUAUUGAUAGUGAAGCCGAUUCCCAUGCUUCAAGAUCUUCUCAAGAAACAGAAGAAGAUGUUUGUUUCCCAAUGUUAAGAGAACACGUUCGUAUUAAAGGAAUUGAUUUUGAUGAAAUUGAAGAAUUUAUUAAAGAUGAACGUGAAGAAGAACAAUUAAUGAAAGAUCAACAACAAAUGAUUGCCGAUCGAACUGCAAUGAGAGUUAGCUCAAAUCAAAAAGAUGCUCGUACCACUGGUUCAAUUUCUUCAAAAUCAAGAAUGUCAAAACCAAGUAAUGUUGCAUUGAAAUAUACUCCUAAAAAUUUAAUUAAAAAGAUGAAAUCCAAAAAUACUGAAUCUCGUGAUAAUGAAUCAAUCAAAACAAUUCGUAAUCAAUCGGAUUCUUCAACCGUAAAUGAUGAAUAUGAUGAAAAAACGUCUCCCACUGAAUUUCAUAAUUUUAAUGUUGACGAUAAUUCAUCUGAUAAUGUUAAAUUUGGUGGUACUAGAAUUAAUGAUAGUGAAUCGAUUUUACCUGAUCGUUUUUCCUUUUUCAGUUCUGAAUCAGAAGAAACAAUUCAUGCUCCCGAUAUUCCUUCUCUUGUUGAACCUGGUCAAAGUGUUCGUGAACUUUUCAGAAAUGGUGAAGGAACUUGGUGGUUGGAUUGUGUUUGUCCAACUGAUUCUGAAAUGAAAAUGUUGGCUAAAGCUUUUGGUAUUCAUCCUUUAACCGCUGAAGAUAUUAGAAUGCAAGAAACUCGUGAAAAAGUUGAAUUAUUCAGAAGUUAUUAUUUUGUUUGUUUCCAUACUUUUGAACCUGACAAGGAAUCUGAAGAUUAUUUAGAACCAAUCAAUGUUUAUAUUGUGGUUUUCAGAGAUGGUGUUCUUACUUUCCAUUUCUCUCCUAUUUUACAUCCUGCUAAUGUCAGAAGAAGAGUUAGACAAUUAAGAGAUUAUGUUGAUGUUAGUGCAGAUUGGUUAUGUUAUGCAUUAAUUGAUGAUAUCACUGAUAGUUUUGCUCCUGUUAUUACCGGUAUCGAAUAUGAAGCUGACGCAAUCGAAGACUCUGUGUUUGUGGCAAGAGAAUUAGAUUUUAGUAAUAUGUUGCAAAGAAUUGGGGAAUCUAGAAGAAAAGUCAUGACUCUUAUGAGACUUUUAUCCGGCAAAGCAGAUGUUAUUAAAAUGUUUGCUAAAAGAUGUCAAGAUGAGGCACAAUCCCAUACUAUACAAUCUCAUUUGAAUUUAGCUAAUUUGAAUAGUGGUAGUGGUAGUGGUAAUGCUACUCCUGCACCAUUCUCCAAUUCUGGAGUUUCAUUUGGUCCAAACCCUGGUGCCAACCCAAACCUUUUAAGCUCACAAUAUCAGCAAUUUCAAAACCAACAUGGUAGAGCCCAACCAAGAGCAGAUAUUGCUUUAUACUUAGGUGAUAUUCAAGAUCAUGUUGUUACCAUGUUUCAAAAUUUAUUAGCUUAUGAAAAAAUUUUCAGUAGAUCUCAUUCAAAUUAUUUGGCUCAAUUACAAGUUGAAUCUUUUAAUUCUAAUAAUAAGGUCACUGAAAUGUUAUCUAAAGUCACAUUAAUUGGUACCAUGUUGGUUCCUUUGAACUUAGUUACAGGUUUGUUCGGUAUGAACGUUCAUGUUCCUGGUGAAAAUUCAGAUUCUGGUUUAGCUUGGUUUUUCGGUAUCUUAGGUGUUAUGUUUUUCAUUGUCAUUUGUUCAACGAUCUUUUCAAAAAUUUGGUUAAGAAAAUUAGAUGUCGGAAAUUAUCCUGGAAGUAAUCAGGUUAGUUCAAGAAGAUCAAUUAAAAGUUUAGGGCUUAAAACAAGAACAAAAGAAGCUGCCAAAUCAAUUAUUAGUUUCCCUAAUAAAUAUGAUUAG